GGCCCGGGAACCGGGAAUAGGGACCGGGAACCGGCACCCGACACCGGCAUCCGAGAACCGGGGACAGGCACCGGGAAUCGGCACCGGGAACUGGCAGAGGGAACCGGCAUCGGGCAUCGAAGACCAGGCACCGGACAUCGACACAGGGCACCGGCACCUCCACCGAGGACCAGCUUCAGGCACCGGGAACUGGGAUCGGAUCACCGGUACCGGCUGCGGGGCCCUGCCGGGCAGGGAGAGGCGCCGGGGGAAGCGGGAUCCCCCGCCCGGCCCGGCCCGGCCCGCCGGGGGCACCGGAGCAGCCCCGGUCCCGGUCCCGGUCCCGGUCCCCCGAGCAGGCAGGGAUGGACACCUUCAGCACCAAGAACCUGGCCCUGCAGGCCCAGAAGAAGCUCCUGAGCAAGAUGGCCACCAAAACCAUCGCCAACGUCUUCAUCGACGACACCAGCAGCGAGAUCCUGGACGAGCUGUACCGGGCCACCAAGGAGUACACCCACAACCGCAAGGAGGCCCAGAAGAUCAUCAAGAACCUCAUCAAGAUCGUGAUGAAGCUGGGCGUGCUGUACCGCAACGGGCAGUUCAGCCCCGAGGAGCUGCUGGUGAUGGAGCGGUUCCGCAAGAAGGUUCACACCCUGGCCAUGACGGCCGUCAGCUUCCACCAGAUAGACUUCACCUUCGACCGCAGGGUCAUGUCGGGGGUGCUGCUGGAGUGCCGGGACCUGCUGCACCAGGCCGUCAACGGGCACCUGACGGCCAAGUCCCACUCCCGCAUCAACCACGUCUUCAACCACUUUGCGGACUACGAGUUCCUGUCGGCGCUCUACGGGCCCUCCGAGCCCUACCGCACCCACCUGACGAGGAUCUGCGAGGGGGUCAACAAGAUGCUGGAGGAGGACAACAUCUGAGGGGGCUCUGCCCUCCUGGGAGGCUGCGGUUGGGCUGUUUGCCUGCCCUGACGU